AUGAGCUUUCCCGACGGCUGCCGGGCGACGAGGCGCCGGGGGCCGCCCUCCCUCCGCUCCGCCGCCGCCCUGCUGCUGCUGCUGCCGCUGCUGCCGCCGCCCGCCGCCGCCGCGCCGCUGUCCCUGGCCGCGGCCUCCGACUCCUCCGGGGAGGCCGAGCCGGAGGAGGCCGGGGCGAGGCGGGCGGCGCUGCCCGACUGCGAGGCCCUGGCCUGGCUGCUGCACGCCCGGGCGGCCCGGCUGCAGGAGGAGAUGUGCGAGAAGUUCACCGUCUGCGAGAACAGCAUGGAGAUGCUGGUCCAGAACAACCUCAACCUUCCCAAGGUGACGGAGGAAGACGGGUGUCUCCUGGCUGGCUUCGACGAGGAGAAAUGCUUGAAGAAACUCUCCAGUGGGCUUUUCACCUUUCAGACCUACCUUGAAUACGUACAGGAAACUUUUACAAGUGAAAAGCAAAAAGUUGAGUCGCUGUACUAUAGCACAAAGCAUCUGGCAACGACGAUAAGGCAGAUGGUGGUAAAUCCUGAUGAAGUGGUCAUCCCAGAUUCAGCUACCCAGAAAUCCCUCCUCACAAAGCUGAAGUCGGAUAAGACCUGGAUAGAGAAAAUCACCACACACCUCAUCCUCCGAGACUUUACUUCAUUUAUGGAGAAAACCGUGAGGGCUGUUCGCUAUUUGAAAAACACCAGGAGUUUCAGUGUCUGAAUGUUUUAAUUCGGGCACAAUCCUUUGUUACAAAUCUGUCAUGUGGCAGAUGACAGUGUUGUUCUGUUUUAAGAACCAGAAAUAGUAACAAUGGUUUGCAUUUUUAUAUAUCCUCAUUUCCUUCUAGGAACCUAUUUAUUGUAUUUAAAAUAUUUAUUCAUUUCUAAUGAUUUCUAUUUAUAUUUUCAAUAUUUAGAAAUAAUUUAAAGAAAGGACCUAUUUUAUUUCAUUUCUAAUGGUACUAUUCAGAAUAUCAACUUAUUUAAUAUGUAUUUGAUACCAAAAGAAUUUUUCAGAAGCUAGAUUGUUGUACAACUUAUGCUUUUAAAAUAUUUGAGAGAUUUCAUUUAUGACCUAUUUAUAUUUUGUAAACAAAUAAAAGCUGAUUAAAAAAAAAA